CCCGCCCCGGCGCGGUCCACCGCUCUGAUUUUACGCGCACGCGUUGAUUUAUCUUGCGCACGCCGUGCUGUGCGCGAGGUCUGCAUGACGUGAAAGAGCAGGAUAUUCCUCCAGUACUCCAGGACAGUUUGAGGGUUACUUCUGCACCUGAAUGCGACCAGAGAGUGAGAACUCGACGAGAAAGAUAGCGCAGGUGUUCAGCAGCCCGAACCUCGCGAAGAAUGCAACUUCUCACCUGCGCAUGAGAGGCUGCUGGCCUGUGAAUGGGACUGUGCUGUGGCCAACACUGCUUUCAGUGCUUCAGUCAGGACUAUGUGCUGCCCAUGUGCCACUCUGAAUGCACUGGCCAGCUGUUUGCGAGAGCAGGGAGGGUGGGGUGCCACACCGGGGGCGAGGCAGAAACAGGACAGUGCCCCCUUCGUUCCGGAUCGCCGUGCUGGGAGCUCAGGGGGUGGGCAAGACAGCCAUUGUGCAGCGCUUUCUUCAUGAUGACUACAGUGAGGUGGUGGUGUCCAGUAAGACACGGCGGGUGCAUAUUUCUGCCGCAGUGCUCAAUGGUCAUGUUCAUGACCUUCAGAUCACAGAUUAUCCAGCCAUCAGCAGCUUUCCUGUCAGCUCUCUGCAGGAAUGGUCAGAUGUUUGCUGUCGAGGCAUCCGGAGCGCUCAUGUCUACGUUCUGGUUUAUGACAUCUGCUGUUUUGACAGCUUUGAGUAUGUCAAGACCAUGCGGCAGCAGAUCUUAGAGACCAGGCCCACAGAGAAUCGGAGCCAGGAAAUGUAUACCACAAAAGAUAAUCAAGGGGUCAUGGGCUCUGGAGAGACGCCCAUUCUGAUUGUCGGCAACAAACGUGAUCUGCAGCGAGGUCGUGUCAUACCCCGACACAGUGUAUCUGACUUAGUCCGAAAGAGCUGGAAGUGUGGAUAUGUAGAGUGCUCUGCCAAGUUCAACUGGCACAUUUUACUGUUGUUUGGAGAGGCUCUCCGCAGCAUGGGUUGUGCCCGCUGCAAGCACGUCCAUGCCACCAUCCGUUUCCAGCGGGCACUCAGGAGAGAGCGAUGCGUCCUAAUGUGAGGUUGCUGUUUCUCUUCUACAGAGCCCAUUCAAAAGCGGUUUAUGACUAUGGACACUGUGUUAUUGUAUGGGCAGCUGGAAGAGCUGUGAUAAACCUCAUGCCAAGGAACUUAACAUUUGUGAAUCUAAAUAUGGACAGACAGAUGUGCUCUUAAACAGGAAGUCUCUGUUGCUUUAUUACUUAAGCCUUCAAACUGAUGUCUCUGCUUUCGGUCUGGAAGAACAAAACCAACAUUUCUGCCUCUUAUCUUAGAAAUCAAAACUGGCAGAAAGGCUGGUGGAAGGCAACAAAAAUCAGCUUUAAAAUUACGUUAAUACCCUUGCUUAUGUUCAGGCCAGGACAGCACCAUUGACUGCCAAGUAAAUUACACUGUCAAGGUAAGAUACUGUCAUAGUCCAUCUACCGUAAUGUUAUCUCAUCACUUCAUAGCGUUACAGUUGAACCACUGAUGGCAGAUGGACUAUUCUGACAAUGUCUUUCAUACAUUUCUGGAUGUUGACAUUGUGAUUUACUUGGCAGUCAAUGGGACAGUCACAAGCCUCCUGGUUUUUAUCCAAAAUGUCUUAAAUUGUGAAAAAAAAA